UCUUGUUUCAAUCACCAGAAACUUUGUCAAGUCGCGUUGCAUUAUGCCCCCGAAACGCAAGGGAGACGAAGUCGACGAGCUCAAUGCUCGAGAACGGAAGAAGCUUAAAGUUGCUGAUGCGCGCACCAUAGCAGUUCAGCCAGUCGCGUCUGGGAGCUCGAGUGGUCAGGGAGACCAUGCCACCAAUGCCAGGCCGGGUCCUUCGAAGAUUAAUAUAAACUUCGAUUCGAUGAAGGGCUUGCCGGCUACGUUGGACGUCGAGAGGUUCACAGAAGCGCGGGCGUACGAGAUUGACGCGAUGGAAAAGGCGAUAAAAUCAGCCAAGGACAGCUCAACGCAUCGCGCAUGGCAAACACUUCCCCGACACCUCAGGCGUCGCGCUGCCAGCCAUAACGUUCGACGUGUACCCCUACGCCUCAGAGAGAAGGCGCGUGCGGAAAUGGACCCUGUCAAACACAAAGCUCACAGCGGCGCUCGCCCGAAGAGAGGCAAAGCGAAGCAGAUGACUCGAACCGAGUCCCUAUUGAAGCGACAAUGUGACAAAGCGUGGCUAGAAACUCAUAUAUGGCAUGCCAAGCGCACAAAGAUGGAGAACAUGUGGGGUUAUAGACUGUCAGUCACACCAACGGAAAAAGCCUUCCGACCCUCUCAUCGUGCCUCCGUACAUGGCUCCAUUUUACAUGAUGCAUCCUAUUAUGGCACGAUCGAGCUUAAGGGACCCCAGUCCGUCCUUUUAACCGCUCUGGAGACGUGCUGUGAUCCGCAGGGCUCCGGCCUUAAGCAAUGCACAUCAGGAAGUCGUACUUGUGACACUCACAUGUAUGAGCAUGCCCGGUGGCCUUUUGGUCUCAUUGGGCCCGUCACGAUUAUUUGGCAGCCACUCGCCCUAGAUUCCACAGCUAGCGAAACUCAGACUGAGACUAAAAGUAGCAGAAAGGGGAAAGGAAAAGGCAAACAGAAGGAAACAAACGACAACGCAGCCUCCGACCCGUCACCUCACGCGAGGGUCUUGUGGGUGCGCGCUCAUCCUGCUGUAUUCGAAGAUGUCUUCGAAGCGGUGAAUAAAUCUAACAAUCCGACUGUGUCAUUUCAAGUCGAGAUGAACGACUUGAGGGGAGUCAUCAACGCAUUCGAGGUCAUGGGCCCUAAGUCUAGUCAGAUCAUCAAAGGGGCUUUGUCUCUCGCUGGGGACGAUGAACGGGAGGAUUUUAACAAGUUCUGGAAGUCGCUGUCCGAUUUGCAAACACCGGGCAACGUUCCACGACGGAUGAUCAUUGGCUUAAAAGUGGUUGAUCCACGUCUGAAGUUUCCUCCGGAGAACCCCAAACCUUCGUAUCCUGAUAUAUCCAAGUCAUCCGCGGCUCCUGCAAGCGGCCUCGUUUUCCCAACAUCGUCAACAGCUCAAUCUGAUAUUUGGGAUGAAAACCAGAGGGACAGGCUGAAGAAGCCUAAGUACAAGAAAAAAGACCUUGAUGAACGUCGUUCGAAGCUUGCCAUUCCCGGUACAAAAUUACGUGCCCUCCGCCAGGACGAUCGGAUUCCAGUCAUGCUAGUGCAACGUUCCCUUGAAGCAUACCCUCCGUCUUCCCCUUCACCCUCCACACUUGAUAAAGCUCAAGGAAUUCACGGAUGGACGCUUUUAUUUCCAGCUGGGUGGUCUAUGGCUUUCUUACCGUCUCUUAUCUAUACGGGAACGCGUGUUGCGGGACAGCGCGAACGGACGAAACAGUAUUUCGAAGCAGGGAUUGCUGCUUUCCCUGUGGAUUAUCCCACCACCCGUGCGUGUGAGGUUGCAUCGGAAGAACGUGCUAUCCAGGAAAGAGAACGGUGGGAAAGGACGCCACCUGCGAAGAGAACGAACUGGGAGAAACUUGGUACUAGGGAGUCCAUGCCACUGCCGCCGGAAGUGGGUACGGCAGAGGGGUUAGUGAACACCCAGCGAGAGGAUCUCUCCGCCGCAGAAGAGGUGCGACCUGUUCUUGCCAAGACCUCCGUUCGUCCUUGGCUUUUGCGAGGGCCUAAGGUUCCUUCUAUCCUUUCCGACGUUUCACUCGACCCUCCGGAGUUUUUGGAGCGGAUUAACAAACUACGUGAAAGGCAUCAUAUGGUUCCAUUAGACAGGGACGUGGAUGCAGCACAGUUGUGGCAAACGGCGCUUGUCAUGGUACGUAUAAAGAUGGUCGGAAGGGGCGUGCCGAGCGACCUCGCGGGCAUAUACAAAAUGGAUGAUAUCGAAGCAAGGAAGUGGCUUGCAGCCAUACGUCAGAGUACUUCUGUCGGAACUGAUGACGCUGAAACGCAAACUGAAGAUGGGCUAGGGGAUAUUCGGCCAGCGCAGGAAGAUAUCAUUGGAUAUGUUACUACUGGAGACGCAUCGCUAUCACGUGGUGAAGGCUUUGCCUUGGGUGCGAUCUCCGUUGUUCAAUAUUUGACUCUUCGCAGGCAGGCACAGCGGCUAGCUCAGCCGGCUGUGAUAGUAAAAUUUCGUAAUAGGGAUUCUACGGUGUCGCGAGCUGCUUAUCUUGAGUUACUGGACGCGUAGAUCGACUGUAGACUGCAUUGCUAGUCACCUCUGACAUCAUGAUCACGUGGAUGUAAUACGUGUAGAUGUACCGUGGCCAGUCACGUGUCGACCAUCAUUGUG